AUGGCUGACAAACUUCAUGUGGCUAUCCGUUCUAUGUCGCUUGAGGAUGACGAUCCGAUCAUUCUCCCCGAUGAACCCAAGUUUCAUCUAUUUGAUGAAAAUGCUCUCAGCAUUAUUGGCCGUCUUCUGAAUCCCGAUGCUCAAAACAUGGCAAGAAUGAUCGACUUUAUGCCUCAAGCAUGGCGUCUGUAUGACAGAGUCAGAGGUAUUGCGCUGUCCAGAGACCGGUUCCAGUUUGUCUUCAAGCGUGAAGAAGAUCUGAUUACUGUCCUAAAGGACAGACCUUGGUCUUACAAUCAUUGGACCAUGAUCUUAGAGCGUUGGACUCCUUCUCCACCUAGAGACUUCCUUUCCAAGUUUGAGGUUUGGAUCCGAAUCAGAAACAUCCCUAUCAACCACUACACUAUUGAUACCAUGUAUAUGCUGGCGAAAAAAGUGGGGGCAGUGAUUGAGAUCGCUUAUGACCCCAAGAGAUCUCAGAAAACAGAGUAUAUACGAGCUAAGGUCAUGUUCUCCGCAACUGAUCCUGCCUUUGAAGUGAAGAACCUAAACCUUCCUUCGGGGGAUGUUGUGGUGAUUGAAUAUGAAUAUGAAAAAAUUCAUAAGAGGUGCUAUGGUUGUCGUCGUUUGACACAUGAGAAGUCGGCAUGUCCUUAUUCUAAACAACGUCUUCAAAGGCAUGUGCAGAAACCUUUGGAAAAGAACAUUCAGGAGCAAACUGAUAUAGUUCCUACUACAAACCGCUUAGAAGGUCCCCCGGGUUUCCCUCCUCUGUUUCCUGAGCUACCUCCAGAAGACAGAGCUAUGGCGAUGCAAUAUAUUUCUCAUUCCAAUGAGACGGAGCGCCGUGCACGCAUUCUACGCGUUCAACAAUCUAUUGAGCUGGAGAAGUCUAACCCUCCUGCGGUUUUGACUAAAAUCUCUCAUAAUUUGGAAAAAGAGAAAGGUCAUGUCUUUGGGUAUGGCGUGUCUGAGUCUGCCUCUGGUGAGACGAGGAUGGUGGCUCACGCGGUGACAGCUCCUGCUGGUGAACGUAUUCAUAGCUCCUCUGAGGUACAAUUAUCUGGUGAAAGCAUAAGUCCUGCUCCUGCACCAAAACGUCCGGCAGUCUUUACUAUAGGAGCCUCAGGGUCUUCUCAAACCGGGUCAUCGAGGGGUAGGAGAAAUGGAAGGAACCGGCCUCCAGCUUGGGUAAGACAUAUAAGACCAGCGAAGAAUGUGCAGUCCAAGUCCACACCGGUUCAUGAGCAGUCAGAUGAAGGGGCGCCUUCCUCCAAAAGGAAAGCAGAGGGAGUUCAGAUUGAGAAGGGAAACAAGACAUCUAAAACCAAAGAAGAUACGGUGGCCUCCAUUUUGAGGCCGCUGCCAUCCCAAUGA